AUGCAAGAUGAGUAUAAUGCCCUGCAGUCCACAGGCACUUGGUCUCUAGUCCCUUUUAACUCCCAUCAGAAUAUUGUUGGAUGUAAGUGGGUGUUUCGAGUUAAGAAACAUCCAAAUGGAACUAUAGAUCAAUACAAAGCUAGGCUUGUGGCCAAAAGCUUUCAUCAGCAAGCUGGUUUGGAUUACAAGGAAACGUUCAGUCCUGUAGCAAAACCAGUACCCAUUCGAAUUCUUCUAUCUCUUGCAGUCCAAUAUGAUUGGUUUCUCAACCAAUUGGAUAUCAGUAAUGUUUUUCUGCACGGAAACCUUCAAGAUGUCUAUAAGCAGCAACCCCCUGUCUUUAAGUCCUUGGGAUUCCAUCAAUCACAAUCUGAUGUUUCCUUGUUUGUGAUUCAAGCACCUGUUCUUGUUAUUGUCUUGGAGUAUGUCGAUGACAUUCUUGUCACAUGUCCAAAUCCUGCCGCUUGUCAAACUUUCAUUCAGAAACAAAGUACUAUUUUUCCUGUGAAGGACUUAGGCCUCUUGCAUUAUUUUUUGGGUCUUGAGGUUCAGAGAUCCUCUGCAGGUCUUUUCCUGCAUCAAAGCAAGUAUAUUCUUGACUUGCUUCAAAAGACACACAUGGCCGGUGCUAAACCAUGUCUCACAUCUCUUGGCUCCAUCAAACUUGAUCACACAGGUCCAUUGUUACCUGAUCCACAAGAGUACAGAUCAAUUGUAGGUGCAUUGCAAUACUUAACUUGGACACGCCCUGAUUUAUCUUUUGCUGUAAAUCAAGUCUGUCAAUUUAUGCAUGCUCCACGAGAACCACAUAUUCAAGCAGCCAAACGCAUUCUCAGAUUUUUGAAAGACAUAAUGAGUCAUGGUUUGUGGUUCAAGAAAGGUGAUAUUCACCUCAUAGCCUAUUCUGAUGCUGAUUGGGCCGACUGUCUAUUUGAUAGACAAUCUACUAGUGGAUAUUGUAUAUUUUUGGGAUCCAAUCUUAUUAGCUGGAGUGCUAAGAAGCAACCAAUGGUUGCUCGUUCCUCCACUGAAGCAGAAUACCGAUCGCUAGCCCACACAACAACUGAAAUAACAUGGAUUUGUAAAGUGUUCAAGGAUCUUUGUGAAAUCCCACCCCCAGAAUUUCACCAUUCAUUACGUAUCUCGAAUUUUAAAUUUGUAUUUCGCAAUUACGUUAUCUUUAUUAGUUAA